CCAGCAGGUGACUGGAUGGCACUCAGAAAGCCGGGUGCAUGGGGCGUGGGCCUCGGCGCGCGCACUCUCAGCCAAUCAGCGGCCUGUCCAGCGGGUGGAUUCAGUUACAAGCUUGAGAUCACCCCAUACGCCACCCUCCUUCCUCCCCCUCCCAAAGCUCCAUUCAUUGGCCCCGCCGGGCCGCACCGGGUCUGCCGGGCACCGUUUCCAUUCGCUCCUGGGCUCCUGGGCUGCUGCUGCCGCCGCUGCUGCCUCGUGGGCGGGCCGGCUGGGACCUCCAGGGCCGGGCAUCCCGUUCCCGGGGGCUUUGUCUAACGGGGCGGAAUGAGGAGGCUUCUGAGGGGACUGUUGGGGGUGCUGAGCUUCGCGGGGGCUGCCCUGGAGGGCUCUUGUGCCCUGCCCUGGCACAGCACCUCCUGCCACCUGGCCAGGCCCAGCCCCGGCGGCCCCCGGGGGUCCCUCAGCUUCCUGGGCAGGGAUGCGCGGGGCCUGGCCGUGGUCCAUGCCCGCUGGGAUGGGCGCGGGAGGCUGCGGGCUUGUCGCCGGCAGGAGGAGCCGGAGCUCACGGCAGCCUUCAGCGCCCUCUGCGCCAGCGAGACCUCCCCGGGCUUCUUCGUGCACAGCCCGGCCCCCGCGCUGCGGAGAGCCCUGGCCGCCCUGCAGCGGCGCCGGGGGGCCUGCCCGCCAGCCGCCCGGGGGCCGGCAGGAGUGAGGAGGGAGAAGCGAGCGGCAGGGCAGCCGCGGGAGAAGAGAGGCUGGACCAUACCCGGCACCCUGUGGUGUGGCUUCGGGGACUCUGCGGGGAACUCCACGGAGCUGGGUGUCUUCCGAGGCCCCGACCUCUGCUGCCGGGAGCAUGACCACUGCCCACAGGCCAUCGCGGCUUUCCAGUACAACUACGGCAUUCAGAACUACCGCUUCCACACCAUCUCCCACUGCGACUGCGACGCCAGGUUCCGGCAGUGCCUGCAGAGCCAGCAGGACUCCGUCUCGGACCUCGUGGGCGUGGCUUUCUUCAAUGUGCUGGAGACCCCCUGCUUUGUGCUGGAGGAGCAGGAGGCGUGCGUGGCCUGGUACUGGUGGGGCGGGUGCAGGGCCUACGGCUCCAUCCCCCUAGCCCGCCUCCAGCCCAAGACCCCGUACAAUGCCUCCUGGAGCUCCCCAGCCGUGGCCCUGCCUCCCAGCGCCCCCAGCCCUGCCCCCAGCAAGCCAGGACAGAAGCAACGCCCUCGGAAGUGGCCACCACAGCGGGAAGGACCCCGGCUCCCCAGCAAAGGCAGUGCCGCCACCCUCCAGGCCCCCGAGGUCACCCAUCCUGACCCUCAGGGGCCUCCGGGUGGCCUGAAGCCUCAGGUCGCCCGCCAGGCCUGCCGCAGCUUCCGCCACCUGGACGAGUGUGAGUACCGGAUCCGGCCCGGGGAGACCAAGUUCCAGCUGUUCAACGAGGCCCCGGAGCCCCUCUUCCACUGCAACUGCACCCGCCGACUGGCACGGUCCCUGAGGCGCCACAGCCCACCCACCGGUGCCAACCUGCUCUGGGAACUGCUGGGCACCACCUGCUUCCAGCUGGCCCCGCCCCCGGACUGCGCCGAGAGCCCAGACUGUUCCCGGGGCCCCAGGGCCGUCAAGGUGUCCGCUCGGCACUUAAAGCGACUUCAGCGGAGGAGACUCGGGGGCAAGGGCGCAGAGCGGGGGCAGGCCCGGCCUCCGGAGCCCCCCAAAGCCCCCCUGUCCUUCUAUGACCGGUGCCUGCAGCAGACCCAGGCAGCCUGAGGACCCGGGAGCCGCAGACAUCCUGGAACCGGCGACGUGGGUUCCAGCGUUCACGGCCCCGACCGGACCUUGUCCGGGGCUUUGCUAGGCCCUGGGGGUCUCCGCCCCUUUUCCACACAUUCGUUGCACAGACGUGUGGCCCCGGCUCUCAGGAGGGGGCCGAGGCCCAAACACCGGACUGUGUCUCCUGCCGUGCUGGGUGACCUUGGGCUGGUGACCCAGCCGCUCUGGGCUCGGACUGUGGUGUUCAGGAGGCUCGUCCUGAUGCCCUGGGCUGAGACCUGGCCAGGGCACCCCACUCCAGAUGGGAAUGGGGCAGGGGUCCCGCGAGGCAGCAGCCUCGGAGGUCCCAGCAGGGGGCGGGGGAUGAGGGAUACCACAGGAGUGCCUGCGUCUGAACCCAAGAUCGGGGCUGGGGGCGGGGGGCACUAGAGAGGGACUUCCCAGCUCCCCUCCUCCCGGGAGACCCCCUUCUCUGAACCGCUGCUGGCCCUCUCGCUCUGCCCUGACCCUGAAUUCUAAUCUCCCCCGUGCCUUUGAGCAAGGGGCCUCCUCCCGGAACCUGAGCCUUUGUUUCCUCCUUAAAGAGGAGCAGGAUACAUGGGACCGACCUACCUCAGAGGCUGCUGAGGGCCAUGUGAGCCGAUGCACGGCCAGCGCUUAGGACCUCGUCAAUACCCCCUCCCUCCAACGCGCUGCCAAGCCGUGCCCGGGGGGCCUGGUUUUCAGAGGCCGCAUGCAACCUCUCGGAGGCCUCAGUUUGCUCACCUGUGAAACGGGACUAAGAGCUGCUCUGGGACUCAACACCGCAGCUCAGGGCUGCCGUGCCGAUUAAAGGAGAUGGCAUGUGUCAUGUAUAC